GACCAUUGUUGUCGUGCCUGCCGUCCGGAGAGCAGCAGAGUGCUCUUGGAGGGUCGGUGUGUGCAGGACGCUCGCUCCUCGCUCUCUGCUGUGAAAGGGGAACCCGACUGAGGGAGGCUGAGCUCCACGUUUCAGCGGCAGGGCUCAGAUCGCACCGAAGAGGAGUGGAGAAGUUGGCAGAGGCGCUGCGUAAAGACGCACGUUUUUACCACCGGCUCCUUCGCUUAUUCUCUCGCCACAUCGGAUCUUUUCUGAGCGAGAAAGGACAGUUUCCCAACCCACGUUCUCGGCCGGUGUUUGUUGUUUUUUUUUUUUGUUGUUGUUUGUUUGUUUGUUUUUUUCCUCCAUGGAUUUAGCGCUCUGAGCGGCCGGCUGCAGUGGACUUUGCCCAGAAGGGGGAUCACACACACACACACAGCUCCUUCCCUCCGGCCAGCAGGAGAGCCCGGCAGCUGUCGUUACUCUUCCAGGGGACUGUUUUUGAUGGAUAUAUAAGCUGGACUUCGCUUUCAGUCGGAUACAGCAACAGCAGACAGCCGCUCAAUCGAAGAACCGAUUUGGGGGUAGAAAAAAAAAAAAAAAGGACGUACAAGAGCUCCAAAUGAGGAUUUCAAUACCCAGUCGUGUCGACCGGGACAAGGAGUGAUCUCUCCCCUGGUGCCAGUCAUCUCUGCGAGGGCAGAGGAAGAGGAAAGGGUCCAGAUUUAGAGACAUUGUGGAUUUCUGACGUUUCCGAUGCCAGGGAGCGGAGUGUGAAGCCAAUCCCAGGCUUCCAACGUGUUUUUCUGACUUUUAACCACAAGACACAUGCGUCACGUCAAGAAGAUGGCGAGGGUCUGCACGUUCUGCGUUCUCCUGCUCUGUUUAAUGGACAGAGUCCCGGGCAGGGCCAUUGAGGAAGGACGAACCAAAGAUCUUCGGGUCUCCAGGCCUCUGAUCAUACCAGGUUACCCAGAAAACACAACAGCGGUGGUGGGCGGUCAAGUGAAGCUGGUGUGUAAGGUCCACCGGCCAGCAUCAACGAAGGUGCAGUGGCUGAAGUCGGAGGCCAGCGCAUCGGGUUGGAGCCAGGGAGGGCAGCCUCGCCUCAGAGCCCUGACAACCCUGCAGAGCAAUGCAUCUAAACUAAACACACUGCAUCUGUCCAACAUCACACUGGAGGAUGCAGGAGAAUACAUCUGCAUGGCUGAGAACACCCACGCAGGACAGACGGUGCAGGCCAUGCAGUCAGCUUGGCUGGAAGUCCUGCCUGGUACCAUCAUUUCACGAACUUCGGAGCUGGCCGCUGCUGAAAUCCCCCCAGAUGUUCUCGAAGACUUGAGUGAAGACACAACAGAGCAUCUCCUGUUAGAGCCGGGCAACGUCCUCAAGCUGCGCUGUGACAUGAGCAGCCGGCCAGGCAUGGCGGUUAACUGGUACAAGGAGGGAGUCCGGAUUCUGCCCACGCCACGCAUACAGAUCCGCGGCACCAUCAUGGAGAUCACGGACGUAACUUACGAGGAUUCCGGUGUUUAUGUUUGUGUUCUCCGGGGAACCAAAGGGCCUGUGAGGAACUUCACGAUCACUGUGGCAGACUCGUUGGGGUCAGGUGACGAUGAUGAGGAUAACGGUUUGGAGGACUCGUCAGCUGAGAUCGAAAACGACCAGGUUUACUUCUCCAGAGGUCCCUACUGGACCCACACCCAGCGAAUGGAGAAGAAGCUGUAUGCUGUCCCUGCAGGGAACACUGUGAAGUUUCGGUGUCCAGCUAUGGGCAGCCCCAUGCCGAGCAUCCGCUGGCUCAAGAAUGGGCGGGAAUUCAGAGGAGAGCAUCGGAUUGGGGGCAUUAAGCUGAGACACCAGCACUGGAGCCUGGUGAUGGAGAGCGUCGUGCCUUCAGACAGAGGAAACUAUACCUGCGUGGUGGAUAAUAAAUAUGGCUCCAUCACUCACAGCUACGUCCUCGAUGUCCUGGAGCGUUCCCCACACAGACCGAUCCUUCAGGCCGGUCUACCCGCCAACACUACAGCAGUGGUGGGCAGUGACGUCCAGUUCCACUGUAAGGUAUACAGUGAUGCCCAGCCUCACAUUCAGUGGCUCAAACACAUAGAGAGGAACGGCAGCCGCUACGGUUCUGAUGGGACGCCAUACGUUCAGAUCCUCAAGACUGGUAGUCUCAACAUGUCAGAGGUGGAGGUACUCUACCUGUCCAAAGUCACCAUGGAGGAUGCAGGAGAGUACACCUGUCUAGCUGGAAAUUCGAUCGGAUUCGCCCACCAGUCCGCCUGGCUCACCGUCAUCUCAGAAGAGGAAGCCGCAGUAACAAUGGACAGCAUGGAGACCAAGUACACAGACAUCAUCAUCUAUGCCUGUGGCUUCCUGGCUCUGAUCAUGGCCAUCGUCAUCGUGGUGUUGUGUCGAAUGCAGAUCCACCCCAGAAGGGAACCAUUUGACGCCCUCCCUGUCCAGAAGCUCUCCAAGUUUCCUCUUCGCAGACAGUAUUCGGUGGAGUCCAACUCUUCAGGAAAGUCCAGCGCAUCGCUCAUGAGGGUGGCUCGACUCUCGUCCAGCUGCUCUCCCAUGCUGGCUGGAGUCAUGGAGUUUGAAUUGCCCUACGACCCAGACUGGGAGUUCCCCAGAGAAAAUUUGACGUUGGGCAAACCUCUAGGAGAAGGCUGCUUUGGCCAGGUGGUCAGAGCUGAGGCCUACGGCAUCAACAAGGACUGUCCAGAUCAGGCUACUACUGUGGCGGUCAAGAUGCUCAAAGAUGACGCCACUGACAAAGAUCUUGCGGACCUCAUCUCCGAAAUGGAGCUGAUGAAGGUGAUGGACAAACACAAGAACAUCAUCAACCUGCUCGGAGUCUGCACCCAGGAUGGUCCUCUGUAUGUGCUGGUGGAGUACGCGUCCAAAGGCAGCCUGAGGGAGUACCUGCGUGCCCGGCGACCCCCAGGCAUGGACUACACCUUUGAUGUGACCAAGGUGCCUGAAGAGCAGCUCACCUUCAAAGACCUGCUGUCCUGUGCCUACCAGGUUGCCAGAGGGAUGGAGUACCUUGCCUCUAAAAGGUGCAUCCACAGAGAUUUGGCAGCCAGAAAUGUUCUGGUGACGGAGGACAAUGUGAUGAAGAUCGCUGACUUCGGCCUGGCCAGAGGAGUCCACCAGAUCGACUACUACAAGAAAACCACCAAUGGACGGCUGCCAGUGAAGUGGAUGGCACCAGAGGCCUUGUUUGACAGAGUCUACACACACCAGAGCGACGUGUGGUCUUUUGGGGUACUGAUGUGGGAGAUCUUCACCCUGGGUGGCUCACCGUACCCAGGUAUCCCUGUCGAGGAGCUCUUUAAGCUUUUGAAGGAAGGACACCGCAUGGACAAACCCUCCAACUGCACACAUGAACUCUACAUGAUGAUGCGUGAGUGCUGGCAUGCUGUUCCCACCCAGAGACCGACCUUCAAACAGCUGGUGGAGGAGCUGGACAAAGUACUGCUGUCCAUCUCUGACGAGUACUUGGAUCUGUCGACACCCUUUGAGCAGUACUCCCCGUCAUGUGAGGACACGUCCAGCUCCUGCUCCUCCGACAAUGACUCUGUUUUCACUCACGAUGCCUUGUCCACCGACCCCUGUCUCCUGGGCUACCAGGAUGUGCGCUCACGGAUAGACCUGAAGACGGCCCUCCGAUAGACACACAAAUACCGACAUGAACACAACACUAUGAGGGUUUUGCUGGCAGUCAUAUAAGGGGUGCACACCUGCAAGUUUUCAGCUGGACCUCCAUUAUGGCACCUGGCAAAGCCCUUAAACAUAUUUGGGCAUUUAUACACGCACAUUAACAUACACACACAGACUCACAUAUAUGCACGUGGAGCACUGAGGCCGGUGGGCUUCAUUACACGGUGAAGGUUUGAAGAAAAACAUUCCAUUAUUGGCAGAAGAAACGAGGACAAACACAUUGUGGUACUUCAGACUAUCAGCUCCUGCACUGUGCCCAAGAACAGUUGUUACGUUGGAAAAAACUGCGGCACUAAACCUAAACAGAAGAGACCCUGGUACUCAAAACACCUCGAAAUGCUUUCUUUGAUCAACUCUCCUUUAGAAAGGCGACGGACAAUGAUCUCCUCACACAAACUCUACUCAAAACCAGGGCUUGAAAACCUUGGUGAUAAAGACAUUUUAACAAAAAAAAAAAAAAAAAA